GCUUACGACGAAGCCGGCAGUGAAGCAAACGACUCUGUAUACGAUAGUGACUUUAAUGACAGUACAUCAGAUAGUUUGGCGGAGUGUCAACAGAUAUCAAACGCCAUUGAGCAGGAGGGCGCAGUGAAAGUUGGCAUCAACGCUUGGGAAGAAGUUCCAGAAGAGGAUACCCAGGAAGAAGAAGAUACAGGAAUAACGUUCGAAACCAAUGCUCAAAGAGCGGAGUCGUAUUCAAAGAUGAACAUCCGAUGCACUGCUUUGUUUAACUAUGAGGCCGCAAAUCCAGAUGAACUGAACUUCGUGGAGCAGGAAGAACUUUGGAUUGUUGGAGAAGGAGAUGGAGAUGGAUGGGUGAAGGCAAGGAACUACAAAGAUGAAGAAGGUUAUAUUCCUCAGAACUACGUAGAAAUAGUUGAUGGCCAGAAUUUUGUAUCAUCCAUACAGCCAGCACCCGCGUCGUUUACUUCUGUUGAUUAUACUACUGAUUCUUUCUCUUCAGCUGGUAAUAAUCAGUCGGAAGAGUUUCCUGAAGUUGUCCAGUUAGAACAUGAUAGAGUGGAAAUCGAUGAUGGUCUUCCACUGCCCUCUGGUGACAAACUGUGUCAAGCACUGUAUGAUUAUGAGGCCACGUGUGAGGAAGAGCUGACAUUCCUGGAAGGCCAGGUUAUUCGGAUCUUGAAAAAAGUGGUCCAUGAUGUAGACGAUGGAUGGUGGGAGGGCGAGAUCGAUGGAAACGUUGGCAUAUUUCCUUCGCUGGUUGUGAAAGAGAUCAAGACAGACGGGGAAUCACAGACCCCAAGUGAACUGACGACACCAACAGAUAGUGCCCCUCCUCCAGCGUUUACCCCUCCCAAACCACAGUUGCUUCUACCACCUGCCCAAGUUAUCCUAACUCAACCUACCCCGGAAACAGAGGCUAUUGAGACUGGUACAAAGUCAAAAGUUUCCAUCCUGUAUCAUGAUCCUGACUUUCAGCUAGAAUUACCUCAAGAUCAACAACAACAGUACAACUCUCAAUUUUCGGUUUCUGAGAGUGAAUCUAGCGAACAGGAAACACCUGGUGGAAACUACGCUCCUCUGAUGUCCAGUCCCGAGAGUCCUCCACGAGCUGAGCCAAACCAAAGUAAAGAACCUUCUGCAUCAUCCAAGCAGAAGUUGGAAAACGCCAUCCAACAGCCAGAUAUCGUUGUGGAAGAAUUUGAGAGUAAUGAUGAAGCCAUGGAAGAUCAGGACAAUGGUCAAGUCCAGUGUUCCAGAACUGAAGAAGACAGUUCUCCAACUGACCAAGAUGAUGUUACAGACUCCUCCGCGAUCACUUAUCGCAGUGCAGAGGAUUUGGAAAAAGAAUUUCAGGAACAGGAAACCGAGAAUAUUUCACAAAAUGACAACAUCAGUCAAGAAAAAAGUGAGCUGGCACAGAAUGAUGAUGAUGUUGUGCCUGAUAAAGAUUCAGAAAAUGGUGUUGCUGAAGGCCUCUCGUUGCAUUGACGAUAAAAACGUAUUUGUGUGAAGGAGACUGAAUGAUGUUGAGCCUUUCCUGUUCCAUAGUUUAAGUAUUCAAUACCAUCUAGUAUUCACAUAUCAUCAAGAUGCUCAUUCAAACAAUACAUUUGCUUCUCUAGCACAGCGGGGAGUUUCUUCAAAGUUUUAAACAUCUAAGAUGACACUAUCGACAAUAACAUUUCCCACUUCUGUCAGUCACAAUGAUUCAAGCACAUUUUGAUAUCUAUGGGCUCUAAAAUACUUACAUGUAUAGUAAAUUAGAAUUUCUAACUAUAUUAAGUUUUGAUCUGACAGUAAAAGGAAAAGAAAUACUCUCAUGAAAAAGGUCUAUUUUCAGCUAAUUAAAAAUGUAGAACUUGUAUAAAUAACUGUCGUUGCUAAUCUCAGCGGAAAUUUAUGUUUCGCUUUAAAUGAGUAGUUUUUAAACUUUAUCAUAACUUUUCCUUGUUUAUUCAAGACACGUGGGGUAGAACUGAGUUAUUACUUUACAGAAGAAUGUGUAUAGUCAUUUGAUAGUUAUAAGAAUAGUGCAUUUAGAGUUUUUAAAAGUAAAACUCGGUCAACUCUCUCAUUGAAGUAGUUUGCUAAGAUAUUAGUUUUUGGAGCUGGUAAACUAGUUUUGUUAAUUACUCUAAAAAUUGAUGGAGAGCAGAACGCUUUUCGUUAGUUCUCAGUCGCAUCGCUAUACAUCUUUGAUGAAUCUGUUCACUUAAGGUUUUCCGAAACAUAGUGUGUGUGUAUAUAU